ACAACCCGACACCCAAACCAAGCCCACGCUCGCCGAGUUGCUUGUGUCUCCGCCGCCGCCGACGACGAGCACACCCGCAGGCGCAGAUCUGAGAUUGAGUGAGUGUGUGAGAGAGAAAUCGGUGGAUAUGGCCGGGAGGCUGACUGCGAUGGGAUCCCGCAUCAUGGGCGGCCACGGCGCAGCCGCACGGGCCGCGGCCUCCGCUCUCCGCAACCGCGCCGGCAUGGGCCUCCCCGCCGGCAGGCACAUCGUCCCCGACAAGCCCCUGCCUGUGAACGACGAGCUGGUGUGGGACAAUGGCACACCCUUCCCUGAGCCCUGCGUCGACCGCCUCGCGCCGCACAUCGGCAAGUACGAGGCUUUGGCGUGGCUGUGUGGAGGUCUGAGCUUCUUCGCCGCUCUCGGCCUGGCCGCUGUUGUGAAUGACAAGGCCUCCAAGAUGCCAUAUACACCAAAAGUCUACCCGUACGACAAUUUGAGAGUGGAACUUGGUGACAGAUCAUAAAAUAUUUCCCCCCACCUUUUCAAGUGUUGCGAGGAACUGAACUCAGCACGCCUCCUUCCAUUGGAGAAAACAGGGAAAUCUUGCUGUUUAUGAUGGUGUUUGUUGUUGUUUGCCAUGUUACAAACAUUGGUCUUGUGGUCCGAAUCGAGAUAAUCGAUCCCAGUCAUUCCAUAUCUAUGCAAUGAUCCAUGUAAUAAACAAUUGGGCAUCCUGUUGAUUUCAGAUCAAUUGACGAUGGAACUCUUUGGACUUCUUUUCAAGCUACUUUCAAUCAUAUUCUGUUUUCAUAA